GCACACGCCCUUAUAGGCAGACAGAGGCUCUUCGCUCGCGUUCUUCAAAAGAAGGGAAGGCAAGAUGAAGAGCUCUUUGUUGCUGUGCGUGGCCUUGGCCGUCUCCCUGGGGUUCGUCCUUGUGGCAGGUUCUCCAUGGGACUCUGAGGAUGAGGAGUACGUGCUGGUCAAUAACAAGUGUCAGUGUGUAACAGUGACCUCAAAGUUUGUCCCCUCCAAAGAAAAUCCUGAUGAAGAAAUCCUGGAGAGAAACAUACGCAUCCUAGUCCCCCUGAAGGCUCGAGAGAACAUCUCUGACCCCACCUCCCCACUCAGAACCACUUUUAUCUACCGCAUGACUGAACUCUGCAAAAAAUGCGAUCCCAUAGAAAUUGAGCUGGGCGGUGAGACGUACCAGGCCCAGCAGAGCACCUCCUGCAACGAACCUGAAACCUGCUAUACCUACAACAGGGACAAGUGCUACACCACAACCUUCCCAUUCUUCUACCACGGGGAGAAGACAAAUGUUAAAGCAGUUCUGACGCCGGCAUCCUGCUACGCCGAUUAGCUCAGUCCACUGCUGUACUAAUGCCUUGUUGCACUCAGUGUUCUUAUCAAAAAUACAUGUAUAGCGCCGUAGUACCUGGAUGACAGUGUCCAAAAUAUCAGCUCCCAGAGUAAUGCCGGCUUGCCUCUUCAUAUUGUUUUCAACAUCAGACUAGUGCCAUCUCCCAAGAGCGGCUACUGGUUGUCAUAGACUCUGUUCUCAUAUCCCCGGCUCCUAUCUGCAAUGCCAUUAUUAUGUGUCUCAGACAUUAUCACACCAUACAGACCAGAUCCUCAGCAGAUGUACAUCAGUAAUUCCCUUGAAGUCAAGGGAACUACACCGAUUUACAACAUCGGGGAACCUGUCUUUUUGACAGUCUUCCAUCGGUUUUCAUCUGAGCAAGGCUGCCACGGACAUCAGCAGGAAUGUCCGUGUACUUCCCUCCCUGAGCAAUCUAAAGCAAACCUCUGCACAACCUUCACACAAGGCCCUUGAUUACAUUAGCAGAAUUAGCGCCAUUAUUAGAAGGCUGUUGUACAAUCAUAUUUGAGAUAAAAGAUGAGGGAUGAGACCGAGAAUUCAGAUUUCAAAGUUAGUUUAAAAUUGGGCAUUCUAGACCCUUCUAGCACUUUGACAAUUGCAAGUUUCUAGUUUCCACGUAUGUUUAGAGAGGAUCAAAAGAUGCCCCUACCCUGGAGUGUUUUGCAAAGUUGCCAGGACCUCAGCUGUGCCAGGAAUAGUAAACUGUUUUAGGACAUGUUAGGUGUUUCACUUUCCACACUUCUUUACUGAUAUUGCUGCCUUCUUCCACCCCCGCUCCCAGUUCAAUUGAUGAAAAAAAAAAUCAUGUUGGCUCAAAUUUCUUUUCUCGUUCCUUAUUUUGCAUUUAAAGCUUCAAGAAAUUCUGUGAAGGUGACUCAAUUGCUAGAGCAGGACCCUAGUUAGGGAUUCAUUCCUUCUUCCACACCAGUCGUCUUUUUCUUCAUACAAGAAACCCUCACCAAAUCAAGGAGCCGAUUCUGUCUUGCAGCUUACAUUUAAAUGCAUUACACUUGGUAUUGCCCAUAGAGGCAUCACGUAUGUGAGCGCAUAAGGUGUCCAGCAUUACAUUUGGGAUGGCUGGUGUGUUUGGCACUGUUGUCAGAAGUUGAUUGUAAAGCCUUAGGCCGUUCUGAAAAAUCCUUAUCUGGCUUCACACAUAAUUGGAAUAAUAAAACAGCAAAACCCUUGUUCCCAUAAUUGUAGCUUUGUUAGUGAAACAUCAAAUAAACUUUUUUCUGCAGCA